AUGGGUUGCUGCCAGUCUAAUGAAAUCCAUGAUGGAAAGGCUCGGAAUGAAGAAAUCGACAACCAAAUCAAAAAAGAUAAACUCAACAUGAGAAAUGAAGUGAAAAUGUUACUAUUAGGUGCUGGUGAAUCGGGCAAAUCAACCAUCUUAAAGCAGAUGAAAUUGAUCCACGAUGGUGGCUAUUCUCGUGAUGAAAGAGAGGCAUUUAAAGAAAUCAUUUUCUCAAAUACUGUUCAGUCAAUGAGAGUUAUCUUGGAAGCAAUGGAGAAUAUGGGUGUAUCCUACGCCUCACCUCAGAGUAGACACCACGCUUCUAUCAUUCUGGAUCUACCUUCUCAAAUUGAGCGUGAUUCACUCCCAUCUGAAGUCACCUCGGCCAUCAAGAACCUAUGGAAAGACGAAAACUUAAUAAGUGUCUUUGAAAGAAGUAGAGAGUAUCAAUUAAACGAUUCUGCAAAAUACUACUUUGAUUCAAUUGAGCGAAUUGGCGAUCUUACUUACCUUCCAACAGACCAGGAUGUUCUGAGAUCUAGAGUAAAAACGACCGGUAUUACGGAAACGACCUUUGUAAUAGGAGAUCUUACAUAUCGUAUGUUCGAUGUGGGUGGUCAAAGGUCAGAGCGUAAAAAAUGGAUCCACUGCUUUGAAAACGUUACAGCUAUCAUCUUCCUGGUUGCUAUAUCAGAGUAUGAUCAGGUCUUGAUUGAAGACGAGACCGUCAACAGAAUGCAAGAAGCUCUGACCUUGUUCGAUUCAAUCUGUAACUCUCGCUGGUUCAUAAAGACUUCAAUUAUUCUGUUUUUGAAUAAGAUUGAUAUUUUCAAGGAGAAGCUGCCUAGACAUCCCUUGAAGGAAACAUUUGAUGAUUUCGGAGGUCCUGAAACGUAUGAGGCUGCCAGCGAUUACAUUCUAAACAGAUUCGUAUCAUUGAAUCAAUCAGAUUCCAAACAGAUUUAUACUCAUUUUACUUGCGCAACAGAUACUCAACAGAUCAAGUUUGUCAUGGCUGCCGUCAACGAUAUCAUUAUACAGAAUAACCUAAGAGAUGUUGGUCUCUUGUAA